ACUGUUCGUGUCAUAACAAUCUUUGUAAAAAUAAUUUAUUUAUUCGAGUAUUCGGCUCGUCUGUCCUUUAUUUAAUAUCCUUUAUUAAAACUUGCUAAUUGUCUUUAUCACAAUGAUGCCCGGAAGGAUUGGUAACAUGCCCAUAGCGGCUGAGAACCCUUUAGGAUUGUCUUGGCACGAUUCGACUUGGAUACCUUCCCUGAACCCAUCAAAUAUUAUGGACUAUUUUUCGGAAAGGUCUAAUCCAUUUUUCGAUCGCACGUGUAACAAUGAAGUUGUUAAAAUGCAGCGGCUUAGCAUGGACCAAUUGCAGUCUAUGACUGGGUUGGAGUAUAUGCUUCUACAUGUUCAGGACCCAAUAUUAUAUGUUAUCCGGAAACAACAUAGACACAGUCCAAAUCAUGUAAUACCUCUUGCUGAUUACUACAUCAUUGCUGGCAUUGUUUAUCAAGCUCCUGAUCUCGCCAGUGUACUUAAUUCGAGAUUGCUGUCUGCUGUCCAUCACCUUCAAUGUUCCUUUGAAGAAACUAUGUCUUACUCAAGAUACCAUCCCAGUAAAGGAUACUGGUGGGAUUUUAAAGCAAAUAAACCAGGUCUGAGCCCCUUCAAUGCUGGUUCAUCUGCAUCCAAAGAAACAACAACAACUCCCAAAGAAGAGCCAUCAACAGUAUUCCAACGGCAGCGAGUGGACAUGCUAUUAGCAGAACUUGUGCGGCAAUUCCCAUUACCUGUGGCCCAAGUAGCUCAUAAUCAGACAAAUGGAGUAAAGACUGAAAAUACAAAUGACAAAGACAAGCCAUCAGAGACAAACAAUGUCAAUAACAUUAGCAUAAAGCAAGAGCCUGUUGACCCGAGUGGAUCAGACAUGACAAAUGGGGCCAUCCAAGGGCAUGUGGACAUUAAACAGGAAAUCAAGCAGGAGAACAUGAAACCACCACCAGAAAAGAAGCCCAGAGUGUGAAUGUGUUCUUUUGUAAAACUGAACUGGUUAAUAAAGAGAACCAAAAAUAUGGUCAAGUGCUACUUUCAUAGACCAACAACAUAACAGAAAUAAUAUUAAUUGUAAGCAUGUAAAUGAAAUUAGCAUUUUGGUUUAUGUAUCUUUAUUACUUAAAUAGAGAUCAUUUUUUUCUU